AUGAACGUUCGUGCCAUACACCCACACACACGACUUGACCGGUUGGUAUGUCUCUGGGCAGGCAAGAGGAGGUGGUGUCAGCCGCGACAUGUGUACAAAGCUGCCGCUCAAGCUGCAGGGAGGUCCCGCGGGAAACGGAACAUCGCACAUCGACUGGAGAACAGGAGCGCAGAGGACCCAGAUAUUCACGAAUCCCUCUUGAAACUCAGUUGGCAGGAGAUGCGGCGCAUCACUGGAAUCUCGGUGUGGGGGGAACAGGUCUUGCAUCGACUCAAAUUGCGUGCAUUUAGAAUCUGGGACCCUACUACAGGACACCAAGGAUGUCCAAUUGAGGAGUGUCAUCAGUUUCAACCAGGAUUAGGCACCUUUUCUGGAAGUGUCCUGCUGCUGCUCUCUGGAGCACCUUUCACGAGGCGUGGCUACCAUUGGGAGUGA